AUGAGAUACAUCAACGCGCUCGUGAGCCUGGCUCUGGCGACUCUCACCCUUGUUCAUGGCGAAUCCUUUAGCCCGGUCAUUAGUUGCGAGGAAAUAAGUGCCCCAAAGGUCGAUAAUGCUACGGUCACUGGUAUCUCAACCAACGAUACAGCCGAUUACUGCGCCGUUACCGUCUAUCUCACACAUGGAAACUCUUCGGAUAAUGUCAAGGUACUAACCUGGCUCCCGACGGUAUGGAAUGGGAGAUAUCAGGGCACAGGCGGCGGAGGUCUUUCCGCUGGCGGUUCAGACACAAACCUGAUACUGCCAGUACAGCAAGGUUACGCUGCCAGUACCACGGAUGCGGGCUUGCCAAACUCAAUCAACGGCUCAGUGUGGGCCAAUAACAGUCAACUAAUCGAGAACUUUGCCUAUCUGUCCAUUCAUCAGAUGACUCUCACGGGCAAGGCAUUGGUUGAGGAGUAUUAUGGCAAGCAAGCCGAGUACUCGUACUGGAAUGGGUGCUCGCAAGGUGGACGCCAAGGAUACAUGGAGGCCCAACGGUACCCGAGCGAUUAUGAUGGAAUCUUUGCGGCAUCUCCAGCCAUCAACUACGACACAUUCCAGGUGGCCGAGGUUUGGCCAUAUGUCGUACAGAAUGUCAUAGGCGACUGGGUGCCCACCUGUGCCCUGGAUACUCUCACUCAGGCCGCGGUCGACUUUUGCGAUGCCGAUGACGGAGCACUGGAUGGCAUCGUUGCUGACCCAAAUACCUGCAAAUUCGACGCAACGACGUGGAUCGGCAAGCAGACAAGCUGUUCAGGCAACGAAACGAUUUUGACUGCACAGCAUGCGGCCGUCUUCAAUAGCACCACUCACGGCCCGGUCGAUCUUGACGGCAAUAGACUGUUCUCGGGAAUCGCACUGGGCACCAACCUGAGCACUUUCACAAGCAAUCCCCCAUUCACCUUUAUGGCGGCGUGGAUAGCAGAUUUCGUUCUGGAAGAUCCAUCCUUCGACUUUGCCACGCUAGACUAUACAACGUUUCCCGAGGUCUUUAACUUGUCAGUCGCCAAGUACGAGACACUGAUCGGCACUAGGAACCCAGACAUGUCACCCUUCAAGGAAGCCGGCGGCAAACUGUUGACGUGGCAUGGGUACUCGGAUGGACUGAUUGGCGGGAACGGCACGGUGCAGUACCGCGAGAGCGUACAGCAGGCCAUGGGAGGGGUUGAUGAAGUAAACGACUUCUAUCGCCUCUUCAUGGCCCCGGGCGUCGGGCAUUGCGGAAGAGGGUACGGCGCCAUCCCGGUGGAUCCCUUUGACGCCCUUGUUGCGUGGGUUGAGAACGGCACCGUCCCCGAAACGCUGGCUGCGAGUGGAGCCAACUUCACGCGGAACCUGUGCUCCUAUCCGCUGUCCUUGACAUACACAGGAGACGGGGAUAUUGACGAUGCGGAGAGCUGGACUUGCACGUAG